AUGGUCGAUUGGACAUCCAUCUCCUCUGUUCAUCUAUUAGCCUUCAUUUGUAUCUCAGUUUACGCCGAAGUUGAACUGCCAGUUCUUUCAUAUUAUCCGGAUUCAGCAGUCGUGGACCGUGAUGAUGAUCCUUACCAAAUAGCGUUCACAAAGCUCGGAAGGUAUUCACCGGAUCAGGAAGGUGUGGAUGCCGAAAGCUUGGCCGGAAACGCGGCAGAGAAGAGAGUGGCAUGUCUUUUCUCCAAGUAUAAUGACAACAUACAUGAGCAAUCCGUGACGAGUAGUUUCCCAUGGGAUCAUAAGCAUUGUGAGACUGGUUUCAGUGAAGAGGUUUACAUAGGAUUUGGCGAUGAGGCAUCUAUACCAGGCGUGUUACGCUUCGGGAAACGAGGAAUGCCAGGCGUUUUAAGAUUCGGUAAACGAGACAACGAGAAGAAGGCUGUUCCAGGUGUUCUGAGAUUUGGAAAACGUGGUGACGUGCCUGGUGUGCUUCGAUUUGGUAAGAGAUCUGACAUGCCAGGUGUGUUGCGUUUCGGUAAGAGAGCCAUGCCUGGUGUUCUACGAUUUGGACGUUGA